AUGCAGCAUCCAAGGACGGACUUCAGGGGACACGUCAGGACAUGCAAGGCGCUGGCGGGACGGGGUCUUCAGCCGGGACGAGGUACAGCUCGAGGUGCUGCGGGCAGACACCAGGGCACCCUGAGCCCUGACCGAGGGGCCCGGCGUCAAGGCCGGGCCCAGGCCAAGGUGUGCAGACCCCGUGCACCGCCCCGCUGCCGGGCCGCACGCAGGGGCAGCCAAAGCCUCCUCGCCGCCCAGGUUUGGCCAAGGUGGACCCCCGACAGCGGCGGGUGCCCAUCUGCUCAGCGGAGGCUCAACCCAGGGACGCCCGUGGUCCUGGGCAGGACCCACAGUGGUCUCCAGGCUCACUCUGAACCUUCUAUGGUUCCAGUGCUGAGAAAGACCUCCCGGAACCUGUAUGUAUGGUACUCACGCAGUCGUGAUCCUCUGACGGCACCAGAAGGGCCACAUUCUCCUGGGGCUGCAGUGAGUGUGGGUCCGUCCCCGCCAGGCCCUACAUCUGCUCUGGGCCACCCCGUGAGGAGCCCCGUGGAGCCCACAGGCCCCGGAUCCAAGAGCUUUCCUUACACUGGAGGGUGGGGAGGAAAGACACCAGUCCAGACUGGCCAUCUCGUCUGGCCCAGGCCGCUCACUCCCGCGGAGAGCCUGCCCAGGGGCCGGGGCUGGGGUGGCGGCGUUCACCCAGGGAGCCAUCCACAGCUGCCGCCGCGGCCUCCCAGGGGUGCUCCUGUGGUGUGGGAAGGGCUCUGGGUGUUUUGA